AACUUUCUUCAUGUCCAAAGCCUCCAUUUUCACCAUCAGUGACAAGCUACCACCUUUUAUUGAGAGACAAAUGACCAACAUGAGGCCAAAGCUAGCUCAGUGGUAUUAAAGAGACUUUCCUGAAUGAAAGUCUCAGCGACAGGAAGCAUCCAAUGGUGAUGACAACUCCAUGGCUGAGAGACUACAGGAGGCAAGUCGCUAGAGGGGGGCUGGUGGAGCUUACCUCUGCAGAGAGGCGAUUGUGAGACUACGCUUGUUUCAGCAAAAUGAAUUUCAUUUUGGAAACCAUCAAAGUCCUUCUUCUUUCCCUGUGGUACAACCUGGAGUCAUUCAUCUACCUCUUUGUUCCCAUGAAGAAGAAAAAUGUUGUAGGCGAGAUAGUCCUAAUCACUGGUGCUGGUGGUGGGAUUGGCCGUCUUAUGGCUCAGGAGUUUGCUGCCCUUGGUACUGUUUUGGUGCUGUGGGAUAUCAACCAGGAGGGAAUGAAGGAGACAGCUAGGUUAGCUAAACAGUGUGGAGCCAGCAGAAUUCACUACUACCUGUGCGACUGCAGCGACAAAAACGAGGUGUACCGAGUGGCUGACCAGGUCAAGCGCGAGGUGGGAGAUGUCAGCAUUCUAGUGAAUAACGCUGGCAUUGUGACGGGGAAGAAGUUCAUGGAUGCUCCAGAUUCCCUGAUUGAGAAGACGAUGGAAGUCAACAGCAUGGCUCACUUCUGGACAUACAAGGCCUUCUUACCAGCCAUGAUCGCCAACAACCAUGGUCACUUGGUCAGUAUUGCAAGUUCUGCUGGACUGAUUGGCGUCAAUGGACUGGCAGAUUAUUGUGCCAGUAAGUUUGCUGCAGUUGGUUUUGCAGAAUCUGUGAGUCUGGAACUCUUGGCUACUGGCAAAGAUGGUAUCAAGACCACCAUCGUGUGCCCAUAUUUCAUCAACACAGGAAUGUUUGAUGGAUGUCAAACCAAGUGGCCUCGACUGCUCCCCAUAUUGGAUCCGGAAUAUGUUGCCAAGAAGAUCAUUCAUGCCGUCCUUACCGAUCAGGUCUUUCUCAUGAUGCCCAGAAGCAUCUACCUAAUUGUUGCUCUGAAAAAUAUCCUGCCGCUGAAACAGGCCGUCAUGCUGGGUCAGUACCUGGGAGCCUUCAACCUCAUGGACAAGUUCAGAGGUCACUCAAAGAAGCUGAACUGACAAGAUGAGUGGGGACAAUUACCUGACAUUAUCGAAACACAAUGAAGGAAAACAAGUGCUAUUUGGUGUCAUUCAUUUCAGCAGGCCACGCCCAUGAGCCCUCUUUUAAUUUCCUGUUAACCCUGGUGUUUCCAAGUCAUUUAGACUGUAUGCUUUUGACGUUCGUUAUUGUGUGUCAUUCCAAUGAGUUGUUCGUUCUAAGAUCAUUCCGUGUGUGGAAUUGAAUUAUGUUCUGAAAAUGAAAAUCAUCAUAUAUCAUUUCAGAAUGCCAUUGCCUUCAUCAAGGAUUGGCAAUUUCAGGUCAUUCCACUUCCAUUUUUUGUCUGAUACCAUUUGCAUGUCAUCAACUGAACUUUUUAAAGACUGAAUAUUAAUUAGAUGUAUGUUUUAUGUAUUAUAUUCGACAAUGAUGAUGCCAAAGUCUGCCGUGUUUCAAUUGCGUCAAAUGUGGCCUCUCCAACAUGGCAUUCCAAAGAAGGUAGUGGGGCUAUGUCACCCGGGGUUAUUAGCUCUGACCACUACUUCAGCUGAAUUGUCAUUUGAUGUAUGUAGCACCUUAUGUGGCUCUGCACAGUGCAGAUUAAAGUGCAUAAGCAGGCCAUGGCUGACCCGCAUGAUCAGUUGAGGUGCUACUCCUAUUGAAGCAUUCGGAGUAGGGAUGCUCCGAUCAGGGUGUUCCGAUCACCGAUACCGAGCACAUGUAUUGACAAUGAAUUUGUAAUCAAAAUGAUGAAACCUGUGUACAUGAUGUGAAAACAUGAAACAUUAAAUCAUUUUAUUUCAGACACAUUUUAAUAUACCUCUUCAAGAAGGCAAAAAAUGGAAGAAGAAAAAAACAUUGCAGAAUGCAGCAACUCUUCUGUCAAAAGGACCAAGUGAAAAACAUUUAAUUCAAUGUGAGACGUCGCAGUUUGGUGAGUCUCUUGAGACUUUGCUAUGUCUGUGAAAUAUUUACAUAAUGGCCGCUUGUAGCGGGACUCGCACAGAGAGCUCCACUCCUCUCCGGACAUUUUUAAACGUUUCAGAUUCAGGUGGCUGACAAACGCUGCACCCGACUCCAGUCAUUUCUGUCUCUGCAUAAACGACAGCUGAAAAAGGCUGGUCAUCUAGCUUGGUGAAAUAACUGAUUAUUUCUUUAGCAAUUAGCUUAGCGUUCUGAAUGUCACGCUCGGAGUGGCGGGUGUUGCUAAGCGUCAGCUGCGUUAACAGCCUGACUUUGAUGAGCCCGGAAAACUCUCUGUGCUCCGUCAAGUGCUGGAGCUUUAAAAGGCAUAUUUAAUUUUAACGCGCUUCCCUGCACAUUUUCCUGUGGAUGUGCUGCAGGAUGCAAACUUUUAAAGUCAGACUGAAAGAAUCCUCACCAUCAGCGACUGCAGCGUCACCGCUGCUGCUGAGUGAGCUGCGAGUAGGGAGGAGCGGACGCGUCACAACCAGCGGAACACAGCACAAUCAGAGCACCGGUUGGCACAUGUGAUCGGUUGUUGUGAUCGGCAAAGACUGGUAGUGACCCUGAUUUCACCGGUCACGCUGAAAUCGGCCGAUCGCAAUCGGUGACCCAUCGAUCGGAGCAUCCCUAAUUAGGAGUGCUAAUGUGUCAUGCCCCACAGCCCACGACAAAACACAUUUCACUUUAGAUUAGAAAUCAUUUGGUUUCAUGUUUAUUUUCUUCAUUAUGCAACAUGGAAACAGUGUUCCAACCCAUCCUGACUCCCAUGGUGGAAUAUAUCGAUGUGGGAUAGUGGAUAGUGGACUACUCUCGACUGGGAUUUUUAUCCUGUUCUUGUGGCCAGUUAGCUGUGUUUCCCAACUCACGGAAACAGUUCUGCAAAUGACUAACUGUCAAAUAGUGGACAAAUAGAUGCCCAGCAACUGUUGGGAUGAUCGUUGAUACAGGAAAUGUAUGUUGAACAAGUAAGAGCAUCAACAUUUUAAAACUCAGUUUGAAGAAUUAUUUAAGUUUGAGACAUAAACAAUACAGCCUGCCGCACGUGAACCAAGCUCCCCAUCCAAUGCCAAUGAGAGUUGUGUUUCAUGUAUUAUUCAUUGUUGAUUUCUGGUAAGUUUUUUUACUUUAGUGAAGCGAAGAGUCAACAUGAGACGCUCCAGUGUGCACCGUCGCUCGCACACACAGACUGGGGCAUGGGUGGCAUGAGCCACAUUAAAAAUAUAUUAAAAUAAUGGCGCACACAUUUCUAUCUAAACUGCAUGAUAUUUCAAAGAGGAUCAUAGUGCAAUGUAUUAAUUUUAAAACUAAAUGCACAAGAUAUGUACACUUGAGGUCAACCGACAACCUUGUGACAUGCUGGGAUGUGCUUUAACCGCUAUACAUGCUGCAAAGUCAUGUGACUUGCUAUUCAGGUGAGCCUUACUGCCUUGUUUGCCAUAUCUACAUAUUUGUAGGAUGUGGCUCUUUGCAGCAACAGUGUAAAAAUGUGGCUCUUUGCCUCUGUCUGGUUGGCCACCCCUGCAAUACAACUUGUUGCCUAUAUAAUUUUGCCCGGUAAAUGUAUGUUACUAUACAUUAAUAAUACAUUAUAUACAAAACAUUGUUUGUAUUUUUAACUGUGUCAACUCAUUAGAAGUACUAUGUUUUGGAAGCAGUCAGGUGACAACUGAGUGAGAACCGUUUUAAAAGGGGACGAAAAGACAGUGUUUGAAAAGAGCCCCAUGAGCUGAUACAUAUGUCAUACAUUGGUUAUGACCGAUAUAUGAGAGGCAUCAACGGUAGGAUCCCAUGGUGAUAAAUCCUGAAGCUGAAUUUUCCUGAAAAGCAGACCCUUCCACUCUCAUCAGGCUUUUUGAUGGAGUUUUGAGGAGAGCUCACCUCUGUAUGACUCAGGUCUAAUACCCUGCCUAAAGAGCUGCACUUGUUUCAGACUUGUAACUCCGCCCUUGUAAGCUGAAACAUGGUCCUGGUCAAAUGACCUUGGUGGUAGACUUCAGUGGCUCAUGCAGCAUUUGUUCAUGAUGCUGUUGUGUUUGUUGGUGAAUCUGACGUUAUUGUAAUAGACCAAGAUAAAGAAGUUAUGACCUUCUGCUCCAAGCUGUUGGUGAAGAUCAGCAAGUAGUCAGUCAUCCAUUCAAUAAGGGACAGUAUGCAGCCCUUGUUACCGUGACUGCUAAUGUGAUCUCAAUGAUCUGCUCUUGAAUAACAAAAACUGACAUGUUUGACAGAUCAAUCGUGCCUUUACAAUAUUUGGCAACAACAUUAAAUCAUUUUAUUUCAGACACAUUUUAAUAUACCUCUUCAAGAAGGCAAAAAAUGGAAGAAGAAAAAAACAUUGCAGAAUGCAGCAACUCUUCUGUCAAAAGGACCAAGUGAAAAACAUUUAAUUCAAUGUGAGACGUCGCAGUUUGGUGAGUCUCUUGAGACUUUGCUAUGUCUGUGAAAUAUUUACAUAAUGGCCGCUUGUAGCGGGACUCGCACAGAGAGCUCCACUCCUCUCCGGACAUUUUUAAACGUUUCAGAUUCAGGUGGCUGACAAACGCUGCACCCGACUCCAGUCAUUUCUGUCUCUGCAUAAACGACAGCUGAAAAAGGCUGGUCAUCUAGCUUGGUGAAAUAACUGAUUAUUUCUUUAGCAAUUAGCUUAGCGUUCUGAAUGUCACGCUCGGAGUGGCGGGUGUUGCUAAGCGUCAGCUGCGUUAACAGCCUGACUUUGAUGAGCCCGGAAAACUCUCUGUGCUCCGUCAAGUGCUGGAGCUUUAAAAGGCAUAUUUAAUUUUAACGCGCUUCCCUGCACAUUUUCCUGUGGAUGUGCUGCAGGAUGCAAACUUUUAAAGUCAGACUGAAAGAAUCCUCACCAUCAGCGACUGCAGCGUCACCGCUGCUGCUGAGUGAGCUGCGAGUAGGGAGGAGCGGACGCGUCACAACCAGCGGAACACAGCACAAUCAGAGCACCGGUUGGCACAUGUGAUCGGUUGUUGUGAUCGGCAAAGACUGGUAGUGACCCUGAUUUCACCGGUCACGCUGAAAUCGGCCGAUCGCAAUCGGUGACCCAUCGAUCGGAGCAUCCCUAAUUAGGAGUGCUAAUGUGUCAUGCCCCACAGCCCACGACAAAACUUAGAAUUCAUGGUAUGAGACUACCAGCCAUUUUUUUGUCAUUGAGGACCAACUAAUGCAAUGUCAGACCCCUGAUGUACCACGCAGAGCAAGAGGUACUUGUCAGACACAUCCGGUGCCUGAUAGAAACUCAGGGCAUUUUAUUUCAGUUGCUGUGUUGUUUUGUUAGUUCGUUGUCAAAAUUGCUAUUUUAUUGACUGCCUCACAUCCGUAAAUAUUGAAGGUGUAUGCUGUCAGUCACGAAAGAAAACUGUGCUCAGUGUACCCUUACGUUUAACUGUUCAAGUCAUUUCACAUGUGUAAGACUAGCGUAUCUUCCACUUUUCCUUUUCAAAAUUGAUCAUUUCAAAUACAAAUAAAAUGACCAAAGAUGACAGAACAGCAAAGUACGCCCAGAAGAGAAAAACUUGGGGCUUGUGGAGAGGAACAUUUGGAGAAUAGGAAAGAAUGUUAUCCAAAACAUGAGGCUGCCAAAUAUUUCUUUGUCUUUCAUGUCCACAGUUCUGGCAUUUCACACCGACACGUCUUAUCCUCAUCUAACACACUUUCAUUGCUGUGGGGAGCAAGUUGCCCUGCCAUAGUGGCUUUGCGCCAGCUGAAAACACCUGUCAGAUAAAUGUGGAACUGAAGACAUUCGAAAAGGUGAAGCGCAUAUGCAGUGUGAAAGGAGGACUAGUCUACUAAUGAAAGUCAAAUCCAUUCUGUCAGCCAUUUACAAGCACAUGUAGCCUAUAUGCAUCGUUGACUCUCAUAUAAGUUCAUUUUAAAAAUUGUUUUUAAUUAUUAUGAAUAACUUCUCCUUAUGUCUCACCUAUGUCUCUCUUUUCUUCAGUUUGUUGUGCUCAUGUCUGGAGCCUGACACUAAUCGUGGUAGCUUGCAGGAAUCUAUAGCUGAGGAUACUUAAAGCAACAUGAGAAAAUGCUGCUGAGUGAGCAGCAGGAAAUCGUUUACUCUGCCACAACUAACUGUUUUGUGUCAGUUCUUGCUGAUGCUGGCUGUUUCCAUCCCAAUAUGACCCUCACUUUGUCCUUCUCGUAUUUGAUUCUAUUUCUAUGAUACAGAGUUGAAGCUGUUUGUUCCCUGUUGAUAGAAACAACAUGCAUCGUAAAAAAUGAAUUAUCUGUACAAUAUCAUCACUUGUUGAUCAUGUUAUUUUGACUGUGCAGUAUUAUCUGACAAUACAGACUCAGAAUGGAAGAUCAUGCAGUGGUGACAUUUUUGAUUAAUAAA